AAAAUAAUUUUAUGGGUCAGUCCAUCAUUUUCUCUCUCAUUCCCUCGUCUAGUUUUCUUCUCCUCUCUCCCAAACUUCCCCAGCGAAGGGGAUAACAGCAGCCUGGUCUUCUGGUCCUGGUCAUCGAAAAACGGAUUAACAAAAACAUGGGAAACGUCAAACGCGCGAAUCAAGCACCCAAUCCCACAUCUGCCUGCACUCCUACAUCUAUAUAUGGCAACAAACUUCAACAAGAAUCCCAGACACGCGCAAAGCUUCGGCCUUGAUUCAGUUCUGAAACGGUUCUUGGCCUCCGAAAAGGAAACAGCUUUUACCUUAUCUGUGCGCACGAUCCUUUCGACGAGGGUUUGUUUCCCUGAUUGGGAUCGAGCUUGAUUCAGUUUCGAUACGUUUCGAACGCCUUCAAAAAGGAAACAGCUUUUGCGAAGGGCAAACGAUUGUUUCGCUUGUUGGAUAGACAACUUCGUAACCUCGAUCGACACGUCACAACCAACCCCACGCGCUUUGACGUUACUGUCGACUCAAAUAAAGGGAUAGAGAGAGUGGGUGGGGGCACAAUUUUCACCAGAAGCAGUUUCUGGGAAAACAGAGGUUUUCAGAGAGAUAGGAAGAGACAGCAAUUGCGGGUGUGAAUCGAAUCCACGGAGGAGGUGAAAUCGGACUUGCUCGGGAGGGAGGGAGAGGGCAUGGGGGGUUGCUUUUCAGAUGUGAAAGGAGGUCAACAAGCGGUCGGGGGGACCCGACAGGGCCCCAUGGGAGGCGUAGGAGUCGGCGGAGGAGGAGGAGGCAACAACGGCGGUCCCAACGACGCAGUUGACCACUUCUUCCGAGCUCGCGGUCAACCCGUUCUCUUCUCUCAAAUUGAGUUAUCCUUAUCCGCUUCGAAAUUACGUGAUCGAGACGUCAUGUCAAAGAGUGACCCAAUGGCAGUUGUGUACUUGAGGAAAAGAGAUGGGAUGCUUGAGGAACUUGGGAGGACAGAAGUUAUAUUAAAUAGCUUGGAUCCCACAUGGAUUGGAAAGAUUUCUUUAGCUUAUCACUUUGAGACCAUUCAGCAUUUGGUCUUUCAUAUAUAUGAUGUCGACACAAAAUAUCACAACGUACCAGUAAAGACGUUAAAGCUGAGUGACCAAGAUUUUCUAGGAGAAGCUAGCUGUGUGCUGUCGGAGAUCGUCACAAAGAAAAGUCGGAGUUUGACUUUGUCGCUUCAUAAUAAAAAUUCACAACUAGGCUUGAGAAAUCUGGGUACUCUGACUAUCCAUGCUGAGGAAUUUGUUGCUUCCAGGACUGCUGUUGAAAUAAGAUUCUUCUGUUCCCACUUGGAAAACAAAGAUAUGUUCUCUAAAAGUGAUCCUUUCCUGAGAAUAUCAAGAGUAGUUGAGUCUGGGGGUACUCUUCCUAUUUGCAAAACCGAAGUCAUCAACAACGACUUGAACCCUAUUUGGAGGCCCUUAUGUCUAAGCAUGCAGCAAUUCGGAAGCAAGGAGGAUCCAUUAGUCAUUGAGUGCUUUGACUUCAAUACCAGUGGGAACCAUGCACUUAUAGGUAAACUUCAGAAGUCCAUGGCAGACUUGGAGAAACUUCACAAAGAAAGAAAUGGUGCAAAUUUUACUUUACCAGUUUCUCAUCACAGCCAUGAAAAGGUUCUGAAGAGUCAGCUUUUUGUGGAUCAAUUCUGUGAGAAGCAACUAUACAGCUUUCUUGAUUACAUAUCAAGUGGUUUUGAGCUCAAUUUUAUGGUUGCUGUUGACUUUACAGCUUCAAAUGGAAAUCCCAGAAAUCCAGAUUCUUUGCAUUACAUUGAUCCUUCAGGAAGAUAUAAUUCCUACCAGCAGGCUAUAAUGGAAGUUGGAGAAGUGAUACAGUUUUACGAUUCAGAUAGAAGAUUUUCUGCAUGGGGGUUUGGAGGAAGGACAUAUGGUGGUACCGUAUCCCAUUGUUUCAACUUGAAUGGAAGUCCAGAUGGCUAUGAGGUUGAGGGAGUAGAAGGCAUUAUGACUGCUUAUGCUGGUGCUUUGCACAAUGUGGCCCUGGCAGGACCCACUUUAUUUGGUCCAGUGAUCAAUAGGGCUGCUCAAACUGCAGGCCAAUCACUCUCUUACAAUAAUAGCAAGUACCACAUUCUGCUCAUAAUAACGGAUGGAGUUCUCACUGAUCAACAAGAAACCAUGGAUGCAUUGGUGAGGGCAUCAGAUCUUCCACUCUCAGUUCUGAUAGUUGGAGUUGGGGGUGCUGAUUUUACACAAAUGGAGAAACUUGAUGCUGACAAUGGAGUCAGAUUAGAAAGUUCUACUGGUCGUGUAGCCACGAGAGACAUUGUACAGUUUGUUCCAAUGCGAGAAGUUCAUCGUGGGAGUUUAUCAGUGGUUCAAGCUCUUCUGGAGGAGCUUCCUGGACAAUUUCUCACCUACAUGCGGGUUAGACAUAUAGAACCACUCACCCAAAUGCCUCUUUGAGCAGCUCCCAGCGAAGUCUCGUUCAUGCUGAAGUGGCUUGAACACCAGAAAGAUGAACGAAGGAAUAAUGUCCAUGCUUGAUUUUGUUACAGCUGCUACUGAAGGGUUGAAAUUCUGUGAAUAUCUCUUUUUUUCUUGUCAAUACAGCUUCUUUAGAUUAGUUGAAACUGGGAAGGGCAGAAGCAGUGUGAGCGCCUGAGUGUGGUUUCUUGUAAAUUGCUAAUCAUAUCGCGAGUACGUGAAUAUGAUUGACAAUAUCAUGAAUAAAAGUCUAGUUUAGUUUUGCGGUUGUUCCUGAAGUACCUCUGUGAUGAAGAAAAACUUGAGAAUAAAUAUGGAACUUAUGCCCGUCA